AUGUUUUUACGUAAUAAAAAAGGAGGAAUGUUGUUCGAGUUAUAAAGAGCACGAUCUUUCAGGUCAGUCAGUCCAGCAGUUGCAGCCGUCCUGAAUCCUCCACUUCAUCAUGUCUUUUUCUAGCUGCUCAGAUGUUUCAAUCACGAAAUAUUUUGACAAGAAUAAAAAGGAGGUCCAACCUGGAGACCUGAUUGAGAUCUUCCGUCGUUUGUAUCAGCACUGGGCUGUUUAUGUUGGUUGUGGAAACAUCGUUCAUUUCGGAAAAGCCGAGGACGGAUCAAGCUCCAGCAGCUCCAGCAGCUCCAGCGGUGGUGGUGGUGUUGAGAGAGUUUUGAGAGAGAAACUGGAGAAAGUGGUGGGAAAUGACGACUGGAAAGUCAACAAUCUCCUGGAUGAUAAAUACAAACCUCUUCCAGCUAAUGAUAUCGUGGAGGAGGCCUGUAAACUGGUGAAUACAGAACUGGAGUUCAAACUGUUAAAGUCCAACUGUGAACACUUCGCUACUCAGAUGCGCUACGGCAGGUCUGAGUGCCGGCAGGUGAAGGCCGCAAUGGAAAAAGGUGGAAAAGUCGCCUCAGGUGUCCAGCGAACAUCCCACUGCUGACCUGCAGUCCCCCCUCUGAUCAUCCCACUGCCGACCUGCAGUCCCCCCUCUGAUCAUCCCACUGCUGACCUGCAGUCCCCCCUCUAAUCAUCCCACUGCCGACCUGCAGUCCCCCCUCUGAUCAUCCCACUGCCGACCUGCAGUCCCCCCUCUGAUCAUCCCACUGCUGACCUGCAGUCCCCCCUCUGAUCAUCCCACUGCCGACCUGCAGUCCCCCCUCUGAUCAUCCCAUUGCCGACCUGCAGUCCCCCCUCUGAUCAUCCCACUGCUGACCUGCAGUCCCCCCUCUGAUCAUCCCACUGCUGACCUGCAGUCCCCCCUCUGAUCAUCCCACUGCUGACCUGCAGUCCCCCCUCUGAUCAUCCCACUACUGACCUGCAGUCCCCCCUCUGAUCAUCCUACUGCUGCUUCCACCUGCAGUCUCCCCUCAUUCACAUCCGACUCUCCAUCCAUCCAUGGAUGGAUGGAUGGAUGGAUGGAUGGAUCGGGGAGGUCAGCGUAUCAUAUUUGACAAUGACCUCCCCCUCCAAGACGCUAAAUAUCCUUGUUCUUUAAUCAGGCUUUUAACUGACUCAUUUAACUCUUUUAAAUGUUUUAUGCUCAUCCCUAUUUUUAUUAGAUCUUACUACUUUGUUUUAUAUUAUUCUUUAGUUUAUCCUGUUUUAUCAUAUUUUAUUUUCAUUGUCUUAUCUCAAUGUUUUAUCUAAAUGUUUUAGUCGUGAUUUAUGGUCUAUUUUAUAUAUUCUACUGUCUUAUUAUUUUAGUUUUUAAUGGCUUGCUUUCUAGACAUACUUUUAGGAUUUUAUGUUAUGUUAUACUUUUUAAACUCUAUUAGUGUGUUUUAUCCUGCUUUCUUGUAGCUUUUAGCUCCAGUGUUUCCUCAUGGGAGUGACUCUGGCCUGCAGGGGGUCGUCCUGGGGUCGUCCUGGGGGUCGUCCUGGUGGUCGUCCUGGGUUCGUCCUGGGGUCGU